AUGGCUACUCAUGGACGAGGUCGUACAUGUUCACGAAGAGAGAGUAGAAAUGAGCAACCGGACGAUAACCAUGCCGAGUUCAUGGCGGCAAUGGCUAAUCUUACGAGUACCAUGGAGGAGAAUGCUGCUGCGACUCUGCAAGCUGUGCAGAGGCUGGGUCAAUUGGCGGGAAAUGGGAGCGGUUAUGGAAAUGGGAACGAAAAUGGAGAAGGAGAUGGUAAUGACUUGGUAGGUGCUCCAAUGACUUUGGCUUCAUUUCUGAACGUUCAUCCACCAACUUUCAGAGAUUCGACCAACUCAACUGAAGCAGACAAUUGGUUCCGAGCUAUGGAGUGCGCACUACAGGCUCAACAUGUCUCGGCUAACCAAUACGUGGAGUUUGCGGCUUAUCAACUGUUAGGAGACACACAACAUUGGUGGCAAGGAGAGUGCCAGUCGAUGCAACUUCCGAAUGCAGAAAUCUCUUGGGAUGCGUUUCAAAUGGCAUUCUAUAAGAAGUACUUUCCUGAAUCUGCAAGGGAAGCGAUGGAGAUGGAACUUUUGCAGCUGAAGCAAGGUUCCUUAUCUAUGGCGGACUAUACUAGCCAAUUUGAAGAGCUUUAUAGGUUCUCUAGGGUGUGUCAGGGUGCCCCGGAGACCUAUGAAAGUUGGAAGUGCAUCAAGUAUCAAAGGGGCUUGAAGGAUAACAUCAUGACUGCGGUGGCUCCUUUGGAGAUUCGGAUUUUCUCCGAUCUGGUGAACAAGGCGAGAGUUGUUGAGGAAUAUGCAUAG